AUGGUAAUAAGUCUUGUACAUCCACACACAUGUGGAUUCGCUAAAGCUGCUAUUUGGCACUUCACAAAAGAUGUUACGGAGAAGAUAAAACGCAACGACAAUGAAACACCAUAUCAGCAUCGCGUACGUAGUGUGCAAAUCAUCCAUGAACGUUUCGGUCUAACGUUUACCAACAAAAAAUUCUCGGUUGACUUUAAAACGCUUCAAAGAAAACUGCCAGACUUGCGUAAAAAAUUCACUACUUGGAAUCUAAGGAAAAAGAAAGAACGUGAGCAAUACCUUGAAGCAUUCUUGGCUGAUAACUGGAAGGCACUAUCGGUCGAACAGAAGGCUGAGCAUAGCUUGAUGGACCGUCGUGGCUGUUUCCACAGAUAUUCAGUCUACCAGUCGUUCUUUCCAGUGCAAUCCAAGAAAUUCCAAGGAUGUCUCGAAGAAAAUCCAGUGAUUGUGGCUCAGAAUAUCGCAGCCAAUACGAGUCGAAAAGCAGUCAAAGUCAAUUGCACACGACGAGAGUAUCAAGAUGGCGCUCAAAAGAUCUACAACGAGAUCAAUCCUGCGUUUCAGCGUGUUUUUAACGUACCAUUAGAAAAAGCCCUGACAACAAUUCCCUCGUUAAACAUUCAAAGCAAGAAGAAUCCAGCUGAAAAAAAAAGAGACAGACGUAAACAAUUACGACAGGCGAAGAAGACAAUAGAAAAACACUGGAAGAAUACAUCUGUAAUGAGGUAUCUUUAUUAAACUAUAAUUUUAUUUAAUUAGUAAGUUUGCAUUAUCAUUAACACAAUUAAGAGUACUAAAGCAAAAUUCCUGACAAUAAUAAGGUGAAAAACUAAGGUAUAUAAUAUAUACAAGCUAUUUUGCAUAAGGCUAAGAUACAAAUGAAUGCAUGCAGUCAGGCUCAAGGAUGGAUCCUGCCAAAUCUGAGCACUGUUGGGGAAGGGGGCCCUUGGGGGCAGGUUAGGGUUAGUGGUGCACAUCCAGGAGUGUUCCAGAGAACAUGGAAAUAUUGCCUCUGGCAGAGUUCAAGGGCAUUAUUAUUGUGAUAAUGGAGACAGGAUAUUGCCAAAUCUAAACUGAAAUUUAAGUGGAUUUAUUAAUGAAAUAGGCCCCCUUUGCCAAGGGUAGUGGAGAACAACACCGCCCCCCACCCCGGAACCCCAGUAAAUUAAUUCCUGCUAGGUCUGUAAAAAUAUUACAACUAUUAUCACUUUACUAGUUGCCUCCCCACAGUCUAGCCCACAUAAAAUUAAUGUUCAAUUUACUUAUUUACUAGGUAUUAUGGAAAUCGCCAAUCUUUGGCAGCUGCACAGCGAUCGCGCCUUGCCAUGGCAUUUGAAAGUAAGGAAGCUUCAAGACAACGAAAGAAGAUAAACACGACAACAAAAAAGAGAAAUCCUGUUGGAAUUAAGCUGGAUAAUAAAAUAUUUGAGAGAGAGAAGAUCAAAGAAGAGGUGGAAAGUUAUCCUGAUGGCAUGGUUGUUAACUGGUCAGACCUUGCUCGAAGACACAACAUACAGAACACAAAAGGGGAACUAGCCAAGAAUGGGGGUCAAAUAGCCCAAGAAUGGUUAAAGUCAGAGGGAAUCAAUAUUACCAGGUUUAAGCGAAAACAUGAUGGAAAUUCUGAGAGAAUCCGGAGAAAGAAACUCAGGGGACAAGGGGGAGAGAUCACAGUUGCAACUCCACAAAGUAUUGACAGUGUGAAGGCUGAGUUGAGAGGAAAAAUCUUGUUAGGGGAAUAUUCUGUUGGACAGCAAAUUGCACCAAGAAAGGUAACAGCCACAAUGUUUUCUUUUAUUAAGCACUGACUUUACUGUUCAUUAUUUCAGUUUAAUUGUGUGAGCACUUAUCUACACUGCACACAUAUGUUACAACUAUAUUAUAUAAAAUUUACUAAUACUGUAGCUAGUAUCAAUGUCAGUAAUGAAUAAUCAACAUUAAACUUAGCCGUCCCGGACAGUAUAGAACUGGUGAUCAACUAAGUUAUGCAGAUAGGAGGCUUACAAAAAUUAACAAUUGAUCAAUCAUUACUCAGAAUUAUUAUAUUUAAGUCAAAUUACCACUCGCUGCUUAUAAGUAAUUCAGAUGUGCAGGAAAGCAAAUAAAUACUUGUCUAUAAUUAUUUACUUUAUUGAAACCAAUUUCUUCAAUCUACAUAAUUAUUUAUUUUAAUUUCAGUAUGAAAAGAUGGUAUUAAAUGACAAUGGGGAGAUUGUUAAAACCGAGUUUGUGGUGGAAGGACGGAAGCAGCCCUUGAUUGAAAUUAGGGAAAGAACUCUGAAAAACCAAGAGAAAUUCAUGCGACAUCGUGCUGAUGACGAAUAUGGCAUAAUGACUCAUGAAAGUGUGACAACAUUGCUGAAGGCAAUCGAUGAGUACAAUGAAGGAGAAAGUUUAAAAUCAAUGCAGAAUAGGCUGAAAGACAUUGAAAGGACAAGGCAUAUUAGGAUUCGGCAUGAUCUUUCCACAAUUGCAAACCAUGGUCAUUUGGUAUUUAUGGUGUCAUCCCUUUAUGAUCCUGCAGUGCACUAUACAAAUGCAGAGUACCAAAACCUUACAGGCUGUAAAAAAGUGGAUGUUCAAACAAAAGUCGAGACCCCUGAAGUCUACAUAGUAGCCAGGUCAGGAAGUUCAGACGUUGAACAACUAACUUAUAUUGACACACGUCUUGAGUGCCUGGAAGAUCUCAGUGUUAAAUUGCAAACAAAUGCUGGAAAUGUUGUAAAUGAUAUAAUGCGCUUUUUCCAUGGUGAUAGCCCAGCUCGACAACUUGAAUCCGGUCAACAAAAAGGAGGGAACUUUUACUGUUCUGGAUGCGGUGCAAAAGCACAACAGGCAUAUGAUCUGGAUAUUUGUUUUUCCUGUCACUACUUGUCUUUGACUGAGCGACAACAACUGGUGCUUCUGGACCCUUGGGAAGAAAAAAUUCUCUGGCAAAAGUUUCCAAGCCAUUCCAAAAUUUGA